GAGUUCAGUUGAUAGACGAGCCGGAGCCGAGAGAGUGAAAGACCAUCUUCACUCUCAUCUUCCACUCGCUCAGUUCCUCUCCCACUCGCUCCUCGGGACGUCGGUCACUAUGGGGCGGUCGCUCUUCUCAAUAGUCAUCCUAGCUCUGCUGACCUUCGCCCACGCGGAGCCUGACCCGCCGACCUCCUCGUGGCUCCGUCACUGCGAGAAGGACACGCCCACUCCCGUCAAGGGCGUGGUCGAGGGCGUAGUUCCUGCCUGGCUUGAAGGACGUCUUACGAGAGUGGGUCCUGGGGCGCGACAUGUCGGAGACACGUCCUACAGGCACUUGUUUGAUCCUUUGGCCCUCCUCCACUUGAUCACCGUCCAGGGGGGGGAGGUCACCUACACGUCGAAGUACCUCGACAGCGACGCCUACAGAGCCAACAUGGAAGCCAACCGCAUUGUCGUCGGAGGUUUUGGCACCGCGCCCUUCCCGGAUCCAUGUCGCACCUUGUUUGACAGCGUAGCCUCUUGGUUCUCUCGGCCACCCAAGAUUAUGGAUAACUGCCUGGUGAAUGUCCUCCAGGUGAAGGACCAGAUGGUUGCCAUGACGGAGACCGACGAAGUGAGGGUUGUGGAUCCGGAGACUUUGGACACUCUCGGAGACAAGCUGACGAUAUCGGAGUAUGUUGCAGUUCGACAAGCCACCGCCCACCCUCACGUCGAUCCGGACGGCACCGUCUACAACCUUGCUUCUUCCGGCAACAGGAACGGCCCCACCUAUAACAUCAUUUCUCUUCGCAACGGGGAGAUUGAACAGGCGAAAAUGGAGGCGUCGAUUAACGCAAGGUGGAGGUUCCAUCCAGGAUACAUGCACAGCUAUGCCAUCACCGAAAAUUACUUCAUUCUCCUCGAAACACCUUUCACGUUUAGCAUCGGUGCCCUCCUGGCCGGCCAAUACUUCGGCAAAAGCUUCGAGGAGGCUAUGGUGUGGUUCCCCAACGAGAAGGUCCACUUCCGGGUGAUUGACCGGCGGACCGGGCAGGAGCACCCGACCACCUUCACCUCCGACGCCUUCUUCACCUUCCAUCACAUCAACGCCUACGAGACGAGUGAUGACAUGCUGGUCAUCGACGUCUCCCACAUCCAGUCGGGGGAGAUCGUGAAGUCUCUCUACUACUCCAAUCUCAAAAAGGCCAACGACGACCCGACGAAGUUGAAAUUCGACUCUGUGGCCAAGAGGUUUAUCUUGCCCUUGGGAGAUGUCAGCGGAAUGCCCGACGAAAGUGAGCUCCUGGAGGGCGUGCCAGAUGCCAAAGUGGAGAACCGCGCAGGAGACUCAGCUUCCGCAAAGAAAGUCAGUGACAACACUAUUCACCUUGAGGCCCUCACCCUCAACCCUAUUUUCUUUGAAAUGCCAAGGAUAAAUUAUGACUACAAUGGUAAACAAUACCGCUAUGCUUACGGCGCAAGUAACGAAGGGAUGGUCCUCGACUUUACAACGCUGGUCAAGUUAGACGUCAAAACAGGAGAGGAAAAAGUAUGGACGGACCCUGCAUACUUCGUCUCAGAACCAGUCUAUGUGGCUUCUCCUGACAGCAAGUCCUCUGGAGUAGAAGAUGACGGUGUAGUGUUGUCUCUCCUACUUCACAGGACGAAUCCUCGACUUAUUUCAUUUUUAGUUCUAGACGCACAAAAUUUCAACCAGAUUGCCAAGGUUGACUUUGAAGCCCAAGGGACUGUAACGCCUACAUUCCAUGGUCAAUUUGUCAGUUCAUUCGACCAGGUUCAUGGUUAUUAAAUCACUUACGAUGUAGCAUAUCCAUAGUCAUUAAAUUAACUGCAGUGUGGCAGAUCCAUGGUUAUUGAAUUACAUAGUGUAGCAAAUCCAUGGUCGUUAGAAUGCUUUGCAUGGCAAAUCCAUUUACUGUGUUGAUAAAACGGGAGAAACAUAACUCUUUUUGGGUA